UCAAUUUCAUCGGAGGUGUUCAGUUGGUUCUGUUCUCUCGUGCAGGACACCUCUCUCUCGGUCUCUGUCGUCUCUGUCGUCGUCGUCGUCUCUUGUUUCUUUCCCUCACUCUUUCCCGUCUCGUUCUUUCCCUCCGUGUCUCAAGUCUCUUUUUCUCGUCUGUCUGUCUGUCAAAGAAACGGAACGAAACUAUUGUUCGGUUUUUCAACACCAAGCUCUUGUUUGGUUCCGAAAGUUUGUCGGCAUAUUGAUCGCAUUGUACUCCACAAAUGGUGUCUUAAGUUAAAAUAACAGUGAGCUUACUUCAAGUGUUCAACCAUGAAAUUGAUGGGCUAAUCGUAAGCACAACGAAGAGUAUUACCUCAUCAUUUUCGGAUCAAAUCUUGAACGACAGCCAUCAUGAGGUCCCCUGGCUCCAGCCUCGUUGUUGACCUCACCGACAACCGAAGUCAAUCAGGCAAGCUUUCCAGGUCAACAACGCCAUUUUCUGUGCCGUCGAGAAGAAAGCUUCACAAUGGAGAACCACCACCGCAUCACCAUUAUCUUCGCCAAAGACGAAGUGGUCCGAAACGGACAAUCCCCGCCUCGUGGCAGUCUGAGCAGAAGAAGAAUCAUUUUCUAACGAUCUUAAUGACCUCGUUGCCUUCAGAUUGGCAUGUGUCUAUUCAUUCUUAUCCAUGUGCUGUGAAAACACACCUUCAGAGGCUUAUAGCUGUUGCCAUUGUCUUUCUCUGUCUUCUGCCGAUUGCCUUCGCCGGAACCGAUCACGAUGGCAUUGCCCAACGAGCCCGCGAUCAGAGCCGGGCCAGGCUUUUGGCCAGUUUGCCGCGGCAAUCCAGACAAAGGGAGGGCUUUUCUAUUCAACCUCGUACCUGCACAGUGAGUGGAGAGCCGGGGACCUGCAUGUUCGUGUGGGAAUGUCUCAAGACUGAUGGAAAACAUUUGGGGAUGUGCAUGGAUGGCUUCAUGUUCGGAUCUUGCUGUGUUCAUCCAGAGGAAGAAAAUACCAUCUCGCAUCAAGAGAAAGAGAUCUACGAUAAGAUUGAUCAGGUGAACCAAAAUGAAUUGGUUCUCGACGCACCACCUCAGGAGGCUGUCUUGGACAAGAAAAAUAAUAACGACGACGGGGUUCGAGACUACUACAACAGCUUCUCCAAGAAUAAAUGGACUCAAGUCUCAAGCUCAACGGCACAGGAGCCUUUGAAAACCACCGUGUCACCUGCUCAGUUGGAGAAUAUCACCGUGACAGAUCGACCCACCAGACCAGCAAGACCAACAAAGCCGAUGGUCAAAUGGCCUCAUUUCACGCCAACUCCAGCUAUGCUCACGGACAACACGAAGGAGCACACAAAACCAUCCACAACCAAUUGGCAUUGGGGCACGACCGAGAAGUCGGAUCCACCACCUUCACAGCUGUACUUUCCAUCUUCAAGUGAGAAAGGUCCGUUUUUGAUCGAAGAGACCACAGAGAAUGAGAUCGACGAUCCCGAUGUGGCUGGGACAGGUUGGACCAGCUUCAAAGUUAAACCAAAUAGACCCACCAGACCAACGAGACCGCCCAAACCGAAUUCAUCGGGAUAUUUCCCGUCCAGUAUCAGUUAUGAAUAUUUGGACACUGAUCAAAACACCUCUACCGAGGUGACUGAUUUCGAAGAGAACACAACUCCCUCUCUACGGAGAAGACCAACUCGUCCUCCACUACCUCCAAAGAUCCCUCACAAAGUGAUGAAAGCGUCUCCUACCACCACUACCACCACUACUACUGCAACGACAACAACAACAACAACAACAACUACUACUACUACUACUACUACUACUACUACUGCUACCACCACAACAACCACUACUACAACAACAACUGCAGUUGCUCCAUUGGCAGCUAUUUCAACGACAACCCGUGCUCCAAGAGUUCCGGUUGGAAUUAGUGCGGGUGGGAGUAAUGUGUGUGGUGUGCCUCAGAUCAAAUCCGGAUGUCCCAAGGGCAGAAUCGUGAAUGGGACCCAAUCGUGUUAUGGACAAUUUCCCUGGCAGGUAUCGGUGAGACGGACCUCAUUUUUCGGCUUCACCUCGACCCAUCGAUGUGGUGGGGCCUUGAUCAACGAGUAUUGGGUCGCCACAGCCGGCCAUUGUGUGGACGACCUGCAAAUCCCCAAGAUCAGGGUGCGCAUUGGGGAAUGGGAUUUCUCGUCCACCGGCGAGAAGCAUCCUCACAUCGAGCGGAAAGUAACCAAGAAGAUCGUUCAUCCCAAGUACAAUUUCUUCACCUAUGAGAACGACCUGGCCUUGGUGCGUGUGGAAAAGAAGGUUCACUUCAGGGAUAACAUUAUUCCAAUUUGUCUACCUGGCAACAAUGAUCUUCUCAUUGGUGAAACGGGUUUCGUUGCCGGAUGGGGUCGACUAAGUGAAGGUGGACAACUCCCCAAUAUUCUACAAUAUGUAUCGGUUCCCAUCGUCAGCAAUGAGAAAUGCAAGUCCAUGUUCCUGAAAGCAGGCCGCCAAGAGGUCAUUCCGGAUAUCUUCAUGUGCGCUGGAUACGACAAUGGAGGUCGGGACUCAUGUCAGGGCGACAGUGGCGGGCCUUUGGUGGUGAAGGGAAAGGAUGGGCGUUGGUUUUUGGGUGGUAUCAUCAGUUGGGGCAUUGGAUGUGCAGAGCCCAACCUACCUGGCGUAUGCACGCGAAUAUCAAAAUUUCGGGAAUGGGUUCUCGAGAACGCAACUUGACCUCAUUCAUUCAGAGUCUGUGUCUCACCAAUGAACAAACACUCGUCCAACCAACCACCCACUUGAGCUCCAAGAAAAGUGGUUGCUUGAUUCAAUCUAGUCAGAUGGCAAACCAGCAAAAUAGACUGACAUAAGUGAACCAAGCAACGGUGGCUUCAGUUGCUACUCAUGCGUCAGCUGAAUUCAGCAUGAAGCAAUCCUUGAAUACGAAACAGUGAUGAACACGGAAGAAUGUGCAACCUAAAACGUUUCUCCCAAUGAACCACUAGUCGCAUCCUCCAUGAGCAACAUGAUCAUCAUUGAUCCUAAAUGAAUUCAUACAUCAUGAUCAGUGCCACUUUCAUGUCCCAAUGGCAAUAAAGACCUCUUUCAACUUAACCUCGUUC